UAAAAAUUCAACCAGUAUGGCCCUGGCGUGGUGUUCCGCCAUCUUGCUGGCUUCGUCUGUUUCAGCUUGCACGCUCUUGGCUGCUGGCUCCAAAGCCACCGUGGAUGGUUCCGCCAUCGUGGGCACUACUUUGGACGGCAUGGACACUCCCGUGGACCUACGACUCAUUCGGGUCCCAGCCAUGAACCACCCCACAGGAGCCAAACGCGCCGUGUACAACGACGGCCUUGAUCACGGCACGCCUCGUUUCGUCACGACGGAGCGUGGCCCUGGCUACUUGCCACUUACGAACCAGACCAUCUCCACGCCAUUGGGCUACAUUCCCCAAGUCAACUCGACAUAUGCGUACUGGGACAACUCGUACGGUAUGCAAAACGAAGUCCAGCUCAGUAUCGGCGAAUCCACAUGUGCUGCCAAGACCGUUGGGUACCCGCUGGACUACCCCAACGGUCGCAACUUGCUGAGCAUCAACGAGUUAUCUCGCAUCGCGUUGGAGCGGUGCGACACAUCCGUGUGUGCCGUCAAGACCAUGGGGACGUUGGCCGAAGAGUACGGAUUCUACGGCGAAUAUUCGGACAAUCCUUCGAAACCAGGCUACGGCGGCAGUUCCGAGGCGUUGAUCAUUGGCGACAAGUUCCAACACGUGUGGAUCUUUCACAUUCUCACUGGCGCUCACAACUCGGGGGCAGUCUGGGCCGCGCAGCGCCUCGGUGACGACCAGUUCACGAUCGUCCCCAACACGUUUGUGAUUCGAACGCUCAACUUGACCGACUCGGCCAAGUACUUGGCAUCGUCCAACGUACAUUCGUUUGCGUACGCGCAAGGAUGGGCGUCGCCCUCCGAGCCCUUCGACUUCACGGCGGCGUAUGGUUUCGCAGCCCCCGCGUCCAACAAACCCCUCUAUGGGGGUCGUCGCAUGUGGCGCGCGUAUGAUGUAGUGGCCCCCUCCCUCGGGUUGGAUCCGGACGUUGGCUUCCACGCCAGAGUCCCGACAUACCCUCUGUCCGUCAAGCCGGACACGUUGGUUUCCCCCGCUACGGUCGUGCGAAUUUUUAGCGACUACUACCAGAACACAUCGUACGACUUGACUAAAGGAAUGGCGGCGGGGCCGUUCCACGAUCCAGCAAGGUAUUCGUACGCCAAAGGCGUCCAGGGGGCUUGGGAGCGCUCCAUUUCAAUCCACCGCAUGGUUCACAGCUUUGUCCUACAAACACGACCGAACCUUCCCGAUCGUAUUGGUGGCAUCGCGUGGUAUUCCCAAGGGGUUGCCGCGGACUCGGUGUACUUUCCCAUCUCGUGUGGCCAGACCACGCUGCCAACCGUGUUCAACCAAGCGAUUCGAACGCAAUUCGACACCGAGUCCACUUGGUGGGCAUUCCAAUUCACGACCAACUGGGCGCACAUUCGCUACGACCUUAUCCACCGCCACAUUCACACUGAGCGAGUCAAGUACAACACUUUGGCCCGCCAACUCCACGUGACAACUGAAGCAACCUGUGGAUCGCGCAAUCUGUCGACCUCGGACUGCGUGGCGUUGGUGGAAUCGGCGUACAACGAGUUCAUUGUGACCACGACCAACGCGUGGUGGCAGUUUGCAUGGCGCUUGGUCUCGUCGUUCAACGCCGGGUACGAAUUCUUCAACGAGUCGGCCACGGGGGGUCGCAGCAUCGGGUACCCUGCGGACUGGGCCAACCAGACCGAGUACGUGUUGUAUCCGCAGCACUACCACCCUCCAGCGCAAGUGGCGGCAGAAGAGAACAGGACGGCUGCCGUGGACCCUGACACGGGUGUGCUGUCGAUUGUGGUCGGUGGAUCGAGCGCUCCAGUUGAAGCGUUUUCUCUGUCCAGUGGGUUCUUACUUGGGUUUUUGUGCGGCACGAUGUCGUUGUCGCUGGUGGUGGCGGCGGUCGCGCUUGUCAGUCGCGUGCGGCAGGAGGUGUCAUCUACGAAAUCAACACCGUCGAAAGAAGGUGUCGAGUCAAAGGACUGUGAAGUCGAAUUGGCUUCCAAUGUGGUUGAAGUUGAAGCUGUUUAG